AUAUUUAAAUAAAAGAAAGUUAAAAGAGUAAUUUAGCCUCUCCUUCUGUACGUGAUCUGUUACGUAAUGACGCACGCAGGGGCGGGAAUUAAAUGCUAGCCGGGAUUCCUGAGGAUUACCCAUCAUGCCCCGCGGGUAAAGAUGGCAGCGGAUCAACUUUUCCCGGAGCGGCUCUGAGCGGAUUUUACUCCCAGGAAAGGAGCCCCUCCGCGGGCCGCUGCUGCCAUCUCUGACCGCUUACCUCGGACCUGCCAGAAGCUCCGGACCGCAGCGCUGCUUCCGGGAGUCGGAUCGGUCCGGAGCCUCCGAACCUGCUCUAACAGCCCGAGGAAGAGCCUCGGAUCUCCUGCUGAAGUUUGUCUGCCCUCGGUGGAGCCGCCCCGGGCCGCACUGGGCCGCGCUGACCGCCCCUCAGGUUAACAGAGGAGCAGAACUUCAGCACCAUCAGGAGGAGGGGGAGGAGCAGGAGCAAAGGAUGAGGAGCACCAGUCCUGCUCAUCUCUCUGGAUGAAAUCUGUUGUGGAAACCAUCACAGCUCAGGACUGAAGCAGAGGAAGGAUGGCCAGCGCCGCCCCAGCCAGGAAGCCGUACAGGAAGGCUCCUCCACAGCACCGAGAGACGCGCCACGGCCUGACCGCCGCUUCGCCGCCACCUGCCUCGCAGCCCGACUUCAGUCAGGAGGCGCUCUCAGACACGGACCGGAUCAGAAUCCUCCAGCAGCAGAAUGAGGACCUGCGGCACCGCCUCUCCCUGUCCACCCACAAGAUGGAGGCCAUGGAGGCGGAGUUUGAGGGCAGCCGUCACUACAUGGAGGCGGAGCUUAGCCGAACGAGAGACGACCUGGACAAGAUGAGGGACAAGUUCCGCAGACUCCAGAACAGCUACACAGCGUCUCAGAGAGCCAAUCAGGACCUGGAGGAGAAGCUCCACGCUUUGGCUGCCGUCAGCCAGACAUGGGUUCAUGCAGUUGGGUUUCAUUCAUCCUCAUCUUCCUCAUCCCUCCCUUCCUCUUCCUCAGUCUUUUUGAGCACCACGUCAUCAGAAAACUCUGGCUGUAGCGCCGUCCACAGCGCCUGGCUCGCCUCGGACUCUAUCCUAGACGCCGUGCAGGACGCUAGUUUGGAGCUUUGUGCGAUGGACUGUUGGUUUGCACCCGAAGCCAAAACACGCAGCGCCACGGAGCGCUACAGGCAGGACUGCAACUUGGCCGUUCAGCUGCUCAAAUGCAACAAAUCCCAUUUCAGGAACCACAAGUUUGCUGACCUGCCCUCAGAGCUGCAGGACAUGCUGAACAAACACAUGAAGAGCAGCCUUCCGGAGCGAGGCCCCGCCCCCGGCUGCCAGGACCCGGACACGCUCAGCCUGACGCACGCCGACGUGGUGCCCACCUCCGUCAUCGCCCGCGUCCUGGAGAAACCCGAGCCGCUGGUCCUGAACUCGGCUCAGUCCAGCAGCUGCGGCCGACCGGUCGCCGAGGACGUCUUCGUGCACGUGGACAUGACGGACCCGGCGGGCGAGGCCCGGGAGAACGGCGGCGCUCUGGAGGAGGCGCAGCACAACGGGUCCUGUCGCAGUCAGAGCAGCCUAGACGAGGAGCUGGGCGGGGCCCCGUCCUUUGAGAAGCUCAACCCGUACCCGGCGCCGCCGCCACCUCACCCGCUCUACCCGGGGCGUAAGGUUAUCGAGUUCUCGUCCGACGACAAAGUCAAAAUCCCCAAGAACUCGCCGCUGCCCAACUGCACCUACGCCACGCGGCAGGCCAUCUCCCUGAGCCUUGUUCAGAACGACGAGGAGCGUCUGGCCCCAGGAAGUCCCGCCCCCUCCUCUUCCUCAGGCGGGGGGGGCGGAGUCAACCAGCACACGCCGCCGUCACAGCGCGAUGCCAUCAGUGAGCCGCUCUCCACCCAGUCCAGCCCGUUCAGCAGCCCGCCGCAGGCACCGAGCGUCCCGGCGAGCUCUGCCAGCUCAGAGGAGGACCUCCUCGCCAAUUGGCAGCGAAUGUUUGUGGAGAAGAUGGCGCCGUCCUGCGAGGGUUCGGUGACGCACCGCACAUCUUUCAGCAGUCAGACGGCGAAGGAGUUGCAGAGGAGGAGACAGGUGGCGGCCGGCGGGGCCUCUGCCUCAUCAGAACGCCACAGAACCGCGUAUUCGGACGGAGAGGAUGGCUCGUCGGCGCGGAGCUGGACGCCCAGCCGAGGGUCCAGUUUGGAUACGGACACUGACACGGAGGCUCAGCCCAGCAGGAGGAGCCGCUACGGCGCCGGGAGCGGCCCCGAGGACGGCGAGCAGCUCCUGAUGAACCUGGAGGAUGAAACUGGAAGCGUAGACACUACCAUCACCGUGGCAACGGGCCCAGCCGACAGCCACAGGAAGGAGGAGGAGGACGACAGCUCAGCUGAAGAAAAAGACGUUUUUCCUCAUGAGCUGCCCGUCAUCUCGCCCCGCCUCCUCGAGUUUGACCCCGCCCCCGGCCCUCAGCGGCCGAUGAAGAGCCCCAAGAGGAUGGGGGUGCACCACCUGCACCGCAAGGACAGCCUUACCCGAGCUCAGGAGCAGGGCACGCUGCUGGACUGACCGUCUCCAUGGAAACCAGGCCACACACACCCAGGAAAUAGCCAUACCUCUACCGUAUGCUGCCGAGCGCGCUGGGUUCUGACAUCGAUUAGCCGACAGGUGAUGAGGAAACCGAGCCAGACGACCUCACUUCCUGUUCCCUAAAAGAUAGAAAUGAUCCAAUCAGACGGGAGUUAGAAAAACUAAUGAUAGCAGAUUAUGAGCAGGUCAAUCUGGGGGGGUCGGGUAAAGGGGGUCCCGCUCCAUCUGGGGAGGUCUGGU